UUGGUAAAAAUGGAAUUUCAAGCAGUAGUAAUGGCAGUUGGAGGGGGAUCUCGGAUGACAGACCUGACUUCCAGCAUUCCUAAACCUCUUCUUCCAGUUGGGAACAAACCUUUAAUUUGGUACCCAUUGAACCUGCUUGAGCGUGUUGGAUUUGAAGAAGUCAUUGUCAUUACAACCAGGGAUGUCCAAAAGGCUUUAUCUGCAGAAUUCAAGAUGAAAAUGAAGCUAGAUAUCGUGUGUAUUCCUGAUGAGGCUGACAAGGGAACUGCAGAUUCUCUGCGCCACAUAUAUCCAAAACUUAAG